AAAGAUUGUACGACAUUCCACCCACCGAUCCCCUUUAAGACUACUUUAUGAUAGAACUCAAGCUGUGCACUCAAAGUCCAGUCCAUUUAAAUAAAAUUUCAGUUCCAAUACUCACCUAAUUCCAGUCUGAGUGAAAUAUGGCAGACGUCAAAAGACUAGUAUUUUCUAUCUUGACAUUUCUCGAAGACCAGAAGAAAACUGGACGCUUGGAUGACGAGCAGGUUGAAAGUUUGGAAGUGGCCAUCCAGUGCCUGGAGACAGUGUAUGGUCUGAGUGCUUCUAACCAAACACAGCUUGCUCAGUAUCAUGUACCACGCAACCUCCUGGACAUUUUUAACUCCCAGCUAAAUGAUGCACAGACAGACUCAGAUCUGUCCUCUCUGUCAUUGCAUGAACCAUCUGCGGAAGAAAGAGAGGAAGCAGAAAAACUUAAAAACAAAGGAAAUGACUUUAUGAAAGCUGAAAAGUUUUCUGAUGCCCUUGAGAGUUACACAAAAGCAAUCAGGCUGGAUGGUAAAAAUGCUGUAUAUUACUGCAACAGGGCAGCAGCAUACAGCAAGCUGAAUAAGCACCAGCAAGCUAUCGAGGAUUGCAACCGUGCUCUUAGCAUUGACCCCAGCUACAGCAAAGCCUACGGCAGGAUGGGAAUUGCCUUCACUGCUUUAACUGACCAUGAGUCAGCUCGGGAGUGCUAUCGCAAGGCGCUGGAGUUAGAUCCUCAUAAUCAAAGUUACCAAAACAAUUUGGAGAUUGCUGAACAAAAGCUGAGGGAAGCAGCAGCCGGGGCAGGCUUUGCUGCAGGCCCUGCUGGUCUAAUGGGGGGAUUUGACCUUGGUGCAGUACUUCGCAAUCCUCAUCUUAUGAACAUGGCUACAAAUCUGAUGUCAAACCCGCAGAUGCAGCAGAUGUUAUCAAGUAUUAUGUCAACUCAACGAUCAGGCCAGACUGGCCUUUCAGAUCUGCUACAAGCGGGACAACAGCUAGCUUCACAGAUCCAGCAGGAGAAUCCUGAACUUGUUGAACAGCUUCGCCACCAGCUUCAGCGUCCACCUUCUGAGGGUGGAGAAGGCCCAACACCAGACCCUCAAUGAUCCCAUGACAUUCAGAACAUUCCUGUCACCAGAUGUGGAAGUCAGUCACCUGCCAUGCACAUUGAUCUUCGUCACAGAGACCACCAUUUAAUCAUACUUUAAGUGAUAGGCCUGCCUUUGGUGCAGGAGAGUCCCCCACUUGACCAUCCCAUCCUAUAACCCUGGUUCCCAGCAUGAUAUGUAGAGCAAGAAAGACCUGGUGCAGUAUUUAAUCUUCCUCAGCUAAUUUUUCACACUCACACCAAAGAUUGUAAAAACAGUGAUAGCUCAUAAUCUCUGAAUUUCUAGUUUAUGAAUAAUACAGUUUCACCAGUGGCAAUUGUGACAGCCUAUACAAGGGAAACCAGUGCAAUAAACUUGAGAUACAAAUAACAGGUACCCAUAUUUUUUAUCUAGGAAUCUAUUUUACCUUUCUUGUGUGUAGGAGCAUAACAAUUUUACAAUUACCCAGAAUGUUGAGUAUUUUAUCUUUUAUAGGAAAACAAAAAUAAAGUUUUAAGGAUCUAUUCAAGAAUAAAGUCAUACUGCACUGCUCACCGCCAUAUUGAGAAUUUCUUUCAGUGUCACAGUUUUUUGCACCCACAACGUGGUUACAAGGACUAAACUUCUGUGAGCAUCUUUGUGUUUUACAAUCUUUGAUCCCAGUCUCACAUUUCAACUUGCUUGGAGAUGACUGCAAAGAAUCGUACUGGUGUAUGUUCUACUGAGUACUUGCGUAACUCCUGUUCUUUAAAGCAUUUCAAAACAGCCCUGUACUGUUUACCUUAUACUUUGUUGCACGCUUUGUUGAAAGAUGCAUUUAUUACAACGCUCCAUUUGAGUUUGACUGAGAAAAAGGAAUGAAUGAAAUAAAAACCAUGUAGUUUUC